AUGUUCCAUUUCUGCUGUGUCCAUUGUGUUGACAAGAGCUGGAAACAGUGGAGCGUAUGUUAUUUGACUGUGCUUGGACGAAGGCCGUAUGGUUUAAACCUUCGUUUUGAUCAGGGCUUAGUGUCAAAUGUUGCACAAUGGACUACAAAUUGGGUAAGGACUGAAGCUUUUGCUGACUCGGGUCGAGCUUUCUUGAGUGAGGUGGCUAUGAUUGGCUGGUUCAUUUGGAAUGCUAGAAAUGACUAUGUUUUCAACCAUUCUCCCGUUGAUCCAAGGGACACUCUCCGAAAAAUUGCAAAUGCAUGGGUAGAACAACAAAACCAGUUGAGUGUUGAUGAUGGCUUAACCACAGCUCCUGCAACAUUGUCUGAAGAAGGCAAAUGCACGACAAAUGCAACUGCCGCUAUUGCUACAAUUCUUAGAGAUUCUGAGGGCCGACUUCUCGAUGGACAAGUCUCUUCUUUCCUCUCUAGCUCUGCUCAACAAGCCGAAGCACUGGCUGUGCGUUUGGCUUGUUUUUUGGCCCAAAAUCACAACCUUCCAUAUGUUGAAAUCGAGAAUGAUAAUCAAACUAUCAUCAAGCUCUGUGUUUCAGAAACAGUUCCACCUUGGGAGAGCAUGGUAGUGGUGUCGGAUAUUCGCUGGCUUGCGCGUAGUACAAAUUGGGUCUUCUCUUGGAUUUGGAGGUCAAAAAACAAAGUAGCUCAUUGGGUGUCUAGAGCUCAUGCUAGCAAAAUUCUUCCUAAUAGUAUGGUGGCCUUCCCUCCCUCCCCUUUAGCUGCUAUUCUAUCUUCUGAUGUAAAUCCUCUGAUGUAA